AUGCAACAUGUAGGUGAACGCCUUUGGUUAUUUUUCUUUUCAGCAAACCUAUAUCUACAACAGCACUGCCUACUUCGUAUCCUAUGGAGUGGAGCCCUAUCUUCCCUUCUUUUUCCACCCCAUUUUAAUGACCGUCCACUUUAUCGUCAUGUUCCAGAAUAUGAUCAUUCUUCCCCCUCAGUUUUAUUAUCGCCUUAAGAUCAUUGCAAAUCCAUCAACUUCGGUUAAACAUUUCCUAUGGAACAUGUUGUUUGCAGUCAGCCUUUCCUCUUUUUUAUCCAUUUUCUUGGCAGUCGCUAUGGUGAGUACGAUGAAGAAAGGAGCUUCGUUUUAUAUGGAGCAAUUCGAUCCAACAUGGCAUUCGCCGAGCGAUGGAGGGGUCUUCAUUUACAUGAUUACAUUGGUAAUGGUCAAUUCUAUUUAUUUUCUUACAAUUGGUUUUAAUAGUGUUGUUAAUUUGACGGAGUUUUUGUCGAUCUGACGUCAACUUGACAUCAAGUAGAGUCAAAUUGGCGUCAUUUUGCUCAAAUUGAAAAGGCUGAUAUGCGAAUCUUCCAAACGCGAGUUUAUUACUACUCAGAGCAUAAAGUCUUCUGGACGCCAAUUUGACACUGCAACUGACGAUCGUGAGGCGUCGCUAUUUUCAACACUAUAUUUAUUUAUAUUACGCAAUCCUGUUCUCUUUUUCUCUGCUUAUGAUUUCGCCUCUCUUCUCUCUCGCUUUCGAAGUGAACCCAUUUCACUUCUCUGUUUCAAAGGUCAUCUUCGUUUUCCUUUUACAUUUGUCUUCAGCUUUGCGCAGAGGCGAUAACGUGACCAAUGAGGCCUAGCCGAGGUGCGUUUAUUGCUGGUUGAAAACUUCUACCAAUUGCCCGCCGCGCUGCCUGCCUCGCGCGGUAUGCGCUGGCAAUUUUUGGACGGCCAAUGGGCCUAAUAUCUACGUUUUCGUCGAAGUUGUGACAAUUCUUCGUCUAACGCUUUAUUUUACACCGAUUGCUCUAAUAUAAUCGUUACUACUGUCUACUAACAAUGUUACUAAUUUCAGUAUAACCCAUACACCAUUGCCUUUGUCCCUGUGUGCGUAAUUCUGCUCACUGCCUGCCAUCUAGUAGAGUUUUACUAUGUAAUUCUCAACUAUCUUCAAGCAAAUGUAAAAUCAAGAUUUGUGACCGACAAAACAAAAAGCUUACAACGCCAGUUCACAAGAAAUCUAAUUGCUCAGGUAAUUUUUUUAAUUUUGUGUGGGCUGUAUUACAAUUAAAUCUCCUAUGUUUUAACUUAAUAAUUUUUGAUACGAAUCCUUCAGACCGGGACAGCGAUGGUUUGUGGGACCUUCCCAUUGCUCUUAUUACUCGCUUCCAUUGUUUUGGGAUUUAAUUUUAAGUUCACUGGCGCUUUUAUCACCACUCCAUUAUCAUGGCAUCCCACUUUAAAUGCGACUCUUUCCCUGGUUCUGGUCACCCCCUAUCGUCGAACUUUAAUGGAGAGAUUGAGUUGUGGGAAAUGCAAGGCCUACGGCAAUCAAAAAAGCACUCAGGUCUCGAUUAUUACUGGAACUGCCAGCAUUAUACCUCGUUAA